AUGCCGACUGCCGAAUGUAUCUCCAAGUCCUCUAUCCACUACGGUUUCAAGAUCGAGCAAUGUGAAGUCGACACAAUUUUUCUGUACGACAAACGUAACGUGAAGAUCGAUAUGGAGUUAUCCAAAGGACUGCGUGAGCUGCUCAUUUUUGUUGAAGAGGACGAAAAGGUCUAG